AUGGCAGAACUUCCAUCGUCUUCUGCUCACCCACGUCCUCCUUCAAAAUUUUCGAUUUCUAUGGAAAACCAACCUCCAACCAGUCACACUCGUCCAAACAAUUUGGAAGAGAAUCCUCCAAACAAUUUCUUUAAUCCUUUUGCAAACACUCGCCCCAUUGACCUUUCAAGCCCUUUGUUUCUCCACAGUGGUGAUAAUCCAGGGAUUUUACUAGUUCCUCAACCAUUGUCAGGAGAAAACUACAGCACCUGGAGCCGUUCAAUGCUUGUUGCUUUGAGUGCAAAGAACAAGAUGUGUUUCAUUGACGGUUCUUUUCCUAAACCUUCAGUAUUUGAGAGUUAUUACAAUGCAUGGGUUCGUUGUAAUGAUCUUGUAGUCUCAUGGAUUCUUAACUCCGUUUCCAAGGAGAUUUAUUCUACUGUCAUCUACAUUACUUCUGCUGAAGUUAUGUGGCAGGAUCUCAAAGAUCGAUACUCUCAAAGAAAUGGUCCUCGUGUUUUUCAGUUGCAGAAAGCCAUUUCCGCUGUCACUCAGGAAAAUUCCUCUGUAAGUCAAUACUUUACUCGUAUUAAGGCUCUAUGGGAAGAACUCAAUAACUAUAGACCUAUUUCUAUAUGCAAUUGUUGCAAUUGUGGUCGUAUGAAGUCCAUUCUUGAGCUCUAUAGCCAAGAAAAAGUUCUGCAAUUUUUGAUGGGUCUGAAUGAUUCUUUUUCAACUGUUAGAGCACAGAUUUUGCUAACAGACCCUUUUCCACCCAUCAAUAAGGUUUUUUCUCUUAUUAUUCAAGAGGAAAAACAAAGGGAAAUAACUAUCAAUUCCCUUAGUCAUGAUACCUCUGCCCUCAUGACUAGAACCCCUAUCCCUAACUCUGUUGCAUCUCCUAUGCCCAAUCCUGUUGCCUCACCCAUAUGCCAUUCCCAUGAUCAUGCUGCCUACAUGACCAAAGCCACUUCAUCAGGGCCUAGGUUUUCUAAGCAGAACUUUAAGAAGGAUUGCCCCAUAUGCUCUCAUUGUGGACUAUCAGGUCAUAUUGUUGAAAAAUGUUACAAGGUCCAUGGUUUUCCACCAGGGUUUAAGUUCACCCGAAGCAAACCAAAUUUUUCUGCUCCACAUUCAUCAAAUCAAGUGCAGGGAACUGAUUUGACUAAAGUUCAGCAGUUGAGUAAUCCUCCUCUGGCCAUGAUCUCUGAGCAGUGUCAGCAAUUGAUGGAAUUGCUAAAACAAUACCCCAUCCAAUCCCCUCAAUCUUUUGCUGCAAAUUCAGUUGCUAGCAUAGCAGAAUCUGUACCAUUGGAGAACGAUUGGGGUGGGUAA